AUGGCCAUCACUGCCGAUGUUAAAAACCAAUUGUUCAAGCCUAGUUACUAUGGUACGGGUGAAUUGAUCCGUCUACCGUCGGAAGCGCCAUCGAUUCCGUUUGACUCGUUGGAUAAAGAAAAAAUGUUACCAACCAACACCAAUGGACGAGCAUGGACUGCUGAGGAACACAAUCGGUUCUUAGGAGGUCUCGAGCUUUUUCCAUCGGGACCGUGGAAGGAGAUUGCAGCUCAUGUGGGUUCCCGCACGACGAGACAGACGAUGACUCAUGCUCAAAAGUACCGUGAAAAGAUUGCACGACGGAAGCGUGGACUGCGUUCGUCGGUCAAAAACACGUGCUCGUUGAAGCGACGACGUAACCACAAGCACCAAAACCACAGUCACAAGACAAUGAAUGAUACAGCCUCGCCCUGUUCAGUUGCAGUGCCAUCUUUGAGUACGAGAAAAGGAGUGGACUUUGACCAGUGCCUUGUACCAGGACCUACUCAAUAUCAAUUCUGCGGCAUCGACUCGGUUCCGGAGAUGAAAAUCUCAAACUUUGCAGCCAUGUUAGGCGACUUUGACCCCCUACCCAUGUCCAAGGAGGAAAUUGACUUUAUCCUCGAAGCAGCGACGCUCCAGACACCAACUUCGCAGACCCACAGUCUAGAUUCGUGCUCGAACGAUAUAUUUUUUCUGGAAUGA